AGAAUUAUUCCUGAAAAAAUAGACUUGGGCGACGCUUCUCAUAAGAGAGAUCAGACAACGGAGGAGGAGUGGAAAAUGGGUUACGUACUGAGAGUGAGAUUGGCCUCGUUCUUCACGGGGGCUGCAGCGUCGUCGUUUCUGGGCCUCUACAUUCUUCACAGAGAUUACAAGGUUGCCCAGGAGGCCAUUUCGGAACAGGUUAAAGGCAUUACUGAGUCAUUGGACAGACGAAUUUCAGCUUUGGAAAAGUUGAAAGAAAAUGAAACCCCCGAACAUGUGGGGCCAACAGAAUAGCUGCCUUAAGGCACACUACCGCAAUUUGUUGUUGUGGCUCCAAGCAUGAAAUUUCUUACUGCACCCUUUUUGUUUGAGGAAUAAUUACUACUUGCCCUUGUAGCAUUACUCAUCUGUUGAUGAAAAUAGCCAUCUGAAUUUCACUUUUCAGAGCUUUUUAGUAGUGUUUGUUGAAAACUUCUAUAAUCCGUAGGUAAUCUGCACUAAGUGAUGGUCUUUGUGAGUUGCUUCGUUUUGGUUCAGAAGUUUAAUGAUAACGAAAUUGCACAAAA